UAAACAACUUAAACUUCAUCACAUGUUUACAUUUUGUCUCAUUUGAUUUAUUUUGAUUAACUGAUUUACCUUUUAAUUAGUCAUUAAUUAAUUAUGUUUUUUGAUAGAUUGAAUGUUUCGUUAAUUAGAUCUUAUUGUUAUCUAAAGUAUGUUUUCCAGAAUAGGAUCAAUCUCUUUGGACCAGGAGGUCCAUUUGGUCCUGAACCUGGUUGUUUGAUGCUACUUCCAUUGGGUAAUAAUAUUAUUGAACAAAGAAUAUUGGACAAUUAUCAUCAGUAUGAUUCAAAUGUUUCUUCUGAAAAAGAGACUCCAUCUUUUUUGGAUAAUAUUUUUUUCGCUGUUCCUAAACAAAGGAAAACAGUUGAACAAAGAUUAAGAUCGCGAUUCGGUGCUGCCCAAUGGGGACCUCAUGGAUCUAAAAUGUUAAAACGUCGAUUUGAUUUGGUUACUUGUGAAACUUGUGGAAAUUAUCGUGAAAAGAUUCGUUUGUGUCUCCAUUGUUUCAAUAGAGUAGAAGAAGAAAGUAAGACAAUUAAAGAAGCCAUUGCCCGAGAAUAUGGAUUGAAUCCAGUGGAAAAACCAAUGGAAAUUCGGUACAAAAAUGACCCAAAAAAUGAAGUUACCGAUAAAAUAUUGAUCGAAGUGGACAAAGAGAGACCAAUUUGGUUUAGCAAAAAUUUAUUACAACGAGCAAAUGAAAUAAUACCCGAAAAAAGUGUAACAAUAUCAGAUGAUGGAUCCAAAAAAUGAAAAUCAUCAACAAAACCAAAACAAAAUCUUGUUAGAUAUUGUAAAAAUGAUUACAAUUAUAGUCAAACAUCACAAGUACAUUUAUUAUAUGCUUAAUUGUUGUAACUUUUGCAACUAAUUAAACACAACAACAACAACAAAAAACAAA